GCAACCACAAACAACCAUGUUUAAAUUCGUUGUAUUCGCCGCUCUUUUGGCCGUCGCCUUGGCAACUCCUGAACCAAAACCAGGUGUUUUAGCUUACACAGCGCCAUUGGCUUACUCGGCUGCUUACGGAUCGCCUAAUGCUUACGCCGCUCCUUACGCUUACGCUGCCGGAGGAUACGCCGCACCGUACGCUUACAACGCUUACUCUUCCUAUCCAGCUUACCCAGCAUACUCCGGUUACUCCGCUCCGAUCGUCAAGUAUUAUUAAUUUGAAGA